AUGCUGCGAUCCGCUGUUACCGCGACGCUUCUCCUUGCCGCUGGUGCCCAUGCCCACUUCACCGUGCAAUACCCAGACGUCGACGGCACCGUAGGAGCGUUCAAGGACGACGACGAGGACAACUCGCCAUGUGGCGGCUAUAACCCAGAUAUCAACUCCAUCAAAACAGUUGAUUUCCACGUCGGCGGCGAUGCCGUGGCCACGAAAUCGACACACCCACAGACGACCUGGCUCUACCGCAUCACUAGCGAUGCUCUCUCCAACAACAAUUGGACGCAGAUCUACGGCCUUGUCCAACAGAGUGGUCCUGGCGACUUCUGUGUCGACGCUGUCACCCUCCCGUCCGAGUAUGUUGGACAAAAGGCCAUUCUCAGUAUUGUUGGAUCUGGUAUCGAUGGCCUCCUGUACCAGUGCGCCGCCGUUCGCUUCGUCGAGGGCACUGCAGACACCCCAUCAGCUUGUGUCAACGGUUCUGCUAUCACAGCGUCGUACGUCACCGAUGAGACCCUGAGCAGCAUGGUCAGCAGCAGCACCGUCGGCGACGAUGAGGACAGUGGCAGCGACCCAGCAUCGACCACAACAUCAUCGCCAUCUGACACCUCGACCCCUAACGCUGCGCCGUCCCUUCACGUCUCCUCAUUAGGUGGCAUGGGAGCUUUCCUCACAACUGGUAUCAUGGCUGAAUUACACGGGAAGGGGAGAAAGCAUUUACGAACAGGCGUUGAGCACUAG